UUAUCCUUUCUCUGCAGUUUUUUUAACCUUUCCUUCACUUUUUUUUUAAUUAGAACAAGUUUUUAUUGAUUUUUUAGUUUCCUCCCCUACACACAUACAUGAUUUAUGAACAGAGUAUUGGCCAUAGCACAUCUUAUACAAUUCAAUAUGUUCAAAUAUAUUUUACUUAGUUACAAUUUUUGCCAAUAUGUUCUUUUUUCAUUUUUUCAUUUUUAUUCAUUUCCUAAUAUUUCCUUGCUCAUUUCAUUAAAUCACAUCUUUCGCCCUCAAGUUCUAAUUUCUCCAUUUUUAUUAGUGUUCAUUCUCUUUCAUUCUUUUUUUUUUUUUUUGACUAUUUCAAUUUUUAUCCUAAUAUAUUCAAAUAUGUUCAGGGUUGCCUUUCUUCCAUUUCAUCUUUUCCUUUUCACAGCAAUCCUUUCUUCUCCUUCUCACUCCUUUACCUCCCUCCUUUCAUCCUACCUCCUUUCUUCUCUCCUCUCUUACUCUCUACUUCUCCUUCCUUUCUCCACCUUUCCUUCACUUCUGAAUAGAUAUAUAGAGCAUUGUGUUCUAAGGGAACAUACUCACAGCAAAGAUAAACCCCCAAGUGGACUCAAUGACUUCAGAGAGAGUGCUAAUGACCAGAUGACUGUAAUCCUUCCAUUCUGCCCUACCAUCCUGUCAGAACCUAUCAUUCCAUUUCCUCACCAUAGUCACAACUGAUGAAGCUUUUUGAAUGAGAAGCAGUGUCUUCUCCUUGCUCAAAGAAAAACAGUCCAGUUGCCUUUUGAAAAAAACACAGCACCCUUGAGACAUUUAUCACUAAUAUCUUAAUUAUAUUAAACAACUACUUACUAAGUUCACAUUAGCUCUGAUUUUGCAACUGCCAUCAGGAAAAUCAUCAGAGAGAGAACAAAAGUCAGGCCACUUUGGCAAGGCUUAGAAAAAUAGCAGAAAUUUGAUGAAAUAAUGAAUGCUAAGCUAUAUACUGGCCAAUUAACUCAAUACAGAGAAAUUAUAUAGAGAGACUGUAUAGGAAACAUUGUAUAUGAAGGGAAGGAAAGAUGUAACAUUGAGAGAGAGGAGCAAAAUAGAUAGCUGAUAAUAACCUAUGCUGGCCGGUACUUCUGAUAGUUGAAGUCAACCCAUCUUGAAGGUGCUGAGGUUAAGAAAUACGGAUCUAAUCAAGCAAGAGAAAUUAUUUCUGGAAGAAAACAUCAGGUUGCAGAAGGUCCCGCGCUGAAGAUGUCAAAUAAGCUAAUGGUCCUGAAAAACAUCUUGUUAUUUCUACAAGUCUACAAGCUACAAGUCAAUAUAGAUAGUAUAUCUGUGGUGGCACAGUGGUUAGAAUGCAGUAUUGUGGGCUACUGCAGUUUGGCAGUUCGAUUCUCACCAGCUCAAGGUUGACUCAGCCUUCCAGCCAUCUGAGGUCAGUAAAAUGAGGGCCCAGACUGUUGGGGGGCAAUAUGCUGACUCUGUAAACCGCUUAGAGAGAGCUGUAAAGCAUUGUGAAGUGGUGUAUAAGUUUAAGUGCUAUUGUUAUUCUAGUCCUUGACGUACAAUUGGUCAAUUAACAACUGUUCAGUUACACCACCACCAUCACAACCAUCAUGGAACACAUUUUGAGUAUUUGGUAACUAACUCAUCUUUACAGCUGUUUGCAGCAUCCCAUGACCACAUAACUGCAAUUUGUUGUAAUUUUUUGGCUGGUUUCUGGCAUUCACUUCCAGUUUCCAGCAAAAUAAUACAGACUGGGAACAACUGAUUUGCUUAAUGACUGUGGCAUUCACUUAAUGACUGCUGCGUUUGCUUAACAACUGCCACUAAAAAAAUCAGAUCAGUCACGUGACUUAUAAUCACAACAAUCCAUAACCAUAAUUUGGGCUCAAUUAGUCAUACGUCAAGUACUAUCUAUAUAAAUAAUGUUCAAAUAUUGCCAUCCUUUGUAUACUUUGAUAAUAGUUCAAUUUUAACAGAAUUUAAGGGAUCUGUAAGAUUUAAUUCUAGAUCAAGACAGAAAGUAUAUGGCCUUCCAGUUGAUAGCCUUUAGCAGCCCAUUAUCAAUUGUGAUGAGAUUGGUAGUCCAAUAUGUAGGGGACCAUUGGUCCCGCACCCAUUUUCUAGAUGAUUUAUUAGGAGAAUAAAGUAUAUUGUUAUUGUUUUAAAUAAUAUAAUUUAAUUCUAACAUGUCCUUUCAUAUAUUUUUUUGUCUUUACAUUCUCUUACGAUUUCUUUUUCAGCAUCCCUUGUUCAGUUCUGAAAUUUAGCUGUGCCUUCUCUCUCUGUAUGGAUCAGUUGGUAUCAAAAUCCUUUCUAGAUCACUAAAGAAGUCACCUAUGUGUGAAAAAAAUAAAUAUGUGUGUGUGAACAAAAUAAAUAAUCACUUUUUUACCCCAGACCUAUUUCUAAGGCAUUAUUAUAACAAUUAUAUUUUUCAUUUUCUCUUUCAGAAGGAUAUUAAAUUUUGUCAGCCUUUAUGUCAUAUAUAAAAGAAGUAAUACUUCAUUUUCAGAGAACUGGAUGGCUACAGUAAGAGUUUUGCUAAUAGAUGCCAGUCUUUCAUAUGUCACCAGUUCAACCCUUAUGGAAACUGACCAGACCUGAAAAUUAUCAUCUGAAAGUGCUUUAGUGCUUUGUGAAAACUACUAAGAUAAUAAACUCUUCAACUCAUCUGUCAGAGAAUAGCGAAAAUAGAAUGUGGUUGAUUGAGUUUGAAAGCAAAGAUCUUAGCCAUUUAUUCCUAAGGAUGCCCAUAAUCUUGAAUUGAUAUUAAAAGAUGCAUUAUCAAUGUGAUCAAGUACUGCCUUUGAAAUUUUUAUUUUAUUUAUUGAUGAGAUUAAAGGUUUUGCUUCUCUUCGUUAUAUAUCUUCACAUUCACUAAUCUUCUAUAGUCUUUGAUAAGAAUAACACCUCAAAUAUUAAUGUGCAGAAAGUGUCCUUCCAUCAUCACACCUGAGCUAACUAUUACUUCUUUCCUCUGAAAAAUUAGGAGGUUGUAAGCCCAGGCAAAUUUAAUCAUCUAUGUUUUGUGGGAAAUUUCUUUCAUUUGGAGCUUUCUUUGCACCAAGAAAACAAUUUAGUCAUGAGCUUUGAAUUUCUUUCAGCAUAGCUCUCUCUCAUCUUUUACCUAAAGAAACAUGCUACAGUAGCAUUCAUGAGAGCCAACAUAUAAAUCUGUUGAAUCAGAAUUAUUAGCACAACUUUUCUAAGACAAAGAAAAGAGGAAAAACGGAUUUUUUUAAUUAGAUGUAUUCUACACAGUGUUUUGGGGUCUUGAAAAAUAAUGGAAGAUGGAAAGGAAGCUGAGAAUGCAACCUUUUAGAACCAUCAGUUUACUUUUAGAGAUACAACUUGCAUAUAACCAAAAACUAUCAAUAUUUGCAAGACACAUAUUUUUAACCACUGAAAAGGAAACAUCAAGGGUCAAAAAUACAAAUUAUCUUGUCAAUUCUAUAACACUUGAAAUGACUGGAUGGAAGUAGUAUGUUAUCUAUAACAUACAGGAUGAAGAUUGUACUGAAUGUCACUGUCCACUCCCAUUUUCAGACCAAGAGUUGUGAUUUUAGGUGGAAGCAAACAACAGCACAGGGGAAAAGCAGUGAGCAACUCUGCUUAAAUGAAAUUACUAUUAUUUGUAGGAUUGGAUGGUGGAGGAGGUGAGACUGAAGAACAGAAGUUAGCAAUAUAUGUACUCCAAGCACCCACUCUGUGACCUGCAAACUGAGGUUCCCUCAACCAGAUUCCUUUAGAAAACCAUUUUAGUGUUUCUGCUGCGCUUUUGCUUGUCACUGCCCACAAGAAUUCACUCUAACUGAAGAUAUAGUCUUCAAAUUUUGUUUAAAUUUCUCACCUAAGUCUUUCUUACAAGAACAAGAAACUUUCUUACAAGAACAAGACAUUUUCCAUUAGCUGUGUUGUCGAAGAAUUGUAAAGUUAUAAUUUACAUCAAUGAAACCAUAGAGCUCUUGCAAAAACUUGCAGUAAUCUAUGAUUGGAAGACACUACUUGGAAUUCUGGACAAUAACAAAGACCACCACACAACUCACUAUAAUUACAAUACACCCUGUGCUCAUCUAGGAAAUCUUAAUUGUAUCCUUAUCAAAAAUUAUAUUAUUAAAUAUUAUUAAAAAUAAUUGAGCUAACUUUCUAUUGAGAAUCUAUUCCACAGAAGUAGUCCGAAAUUAAGGAUGUGAUGAACGCACAAUUACUGCCGACUGUUUUUCAAACAUGCAUUUUAACAUCUAACAAGCUAUUUUUAUAUAGCACGAGUUUAAUAAGAACCAAAGUGCUAUGUUACUUUACAGAUUUGCUUUUAAAAAUACUUUAAUUUUUUUUGCUGACAUUUACCCAGCCAAAUGAUGUUGACUCUGUGCCUAGUAUACAAGAAUGUUUACCUUUCCAAACAUAGUCAGGAACUUAAUUUUUGCUGACUGUUGGAGAAAACGCUUCUCUCACCAUGAAAAGGUUAAGCAAACAUUGUAGUGAUUCCUUUGUCUGACACAAAUAUGCUAAUAAGGCAUUAUUGUCUCAGAACAUGAUGGGACUGGAUAGGUUGGUUUAUUUUUCAAAUCUUUUUUUCCUUGUAUCCACUGUUUGCUCCUGUCCAGAGAAAAAUCCAGGAACAUGCAGACAACCUAUACAGUUUUAUGUAAGAAUUCUGUUGUAUAUUGAAUAAUUUUACUAUGACACAUUCUAAAUGCUGUUAAUCUUAAUAUUGUGAACUUUUAGAUUUUUGAUUAUGGCCCAUCUUAAUUCUGUAAGCAUAUUUAGGAUUUAGAACCCUGAGUGACUCGGUGAGAUACACACACACACACCAUAAUUUUUCAUUGUGUUCUUCAACAUUAAUCAUUAAAAGGUUGCCACUAAAUAAUACUAUCAUCAGUUUGGGCCAAGAUAAUUGCGUGUAAUCUUCAGCACUGAAGAUAGUCCAGAGAUUAAAUGUCCUCAGCUGUUCUUUCUCACAUCCCUAUUCAGAUCAUUUUAUUGAAUUGUAUCUGGUAAUAAUUUCUGUACUGUGCAGUGGACUUUCUAAGCAUUUCACAAUGCAAUCCAAUUAUGAAAAUGUGCAGGGAUAAUGCUUAUUAUGACCAUAUAUGACCAUUUAUAUGCUGUCUCAAGGAUUUCAGUAUUUAUUUUCUUCAUUUCUAGCAUUUGUCAAAAACAACUGAUAAUGUCGAUAUUUUGGUUCAUUCUGCUCUUCAACGUAUUUCACUCUGAAAUACCAUAAAUGUAUAUGUGCUGAAACAGAAUGUAUAAAGAACUAGUAUUGAAUAUUGUGUCAAAGCUAAUGAAUAAUGUCAGAUAAUAGUGAGGUUGCUUUUUUGGAGUUUCUCAGAAAACAACUGCACCAAAAAGGUUACAUGUAGCCAUUUCCUAACAACCAGUUCCAUGAUUCUUAUAUUUACCAAUACCUGUCAUUUCUAGCUACAUGUUACUGCAUGAUGUCAGGUAAGCUAUCCUGUUUUGCAUAUGCUCCUAUUGUGACACAACUUUAUCUCACUUCUGAAUGCCAAUGAUUGCUUGGAAAAUUCUAUAAGAGAGCACUAGCUUCUUGACCUUUAUUGGACCAUUGGACCUUUAAUGAACCAUUACAAACUGUUGGGGGAAGGGUGUUUUUUUGGGUUUUUUUAACUGUUCAUCUUGAGCAAUCCAAUGGCUCAAAUAAGAUUUAGUAGCCAAGCCAUCCACUGUAGGGGUCCAAAAAUUUAAGAUGGCAUUUGCAAUAGUCUCUUUUUUGUGCAUUGCAUUUGGGACACGUGUUAAAAAAUGAUGAAGUUUUGAUCAUAUGGUUUCAGUUGCUUUCCCUACUUCUUUGAAUACAUUCCACUCUGCUCCCCUAAUGGAAACUCCUUUUAAGGGGAGACUUUAUUAGAAAUUGGUAACUUUUUCAUUGUGGAAAUGUAACAGAUAUACACAUACAUAUAUGUUUGCUUAUUGGCCAGUCAUCUUUCUAAUUCUAGGCUAAAAAAUAAUGUUUUAAACCUCAGUAAUGAAAAUUUCUUUACCUGCUUAUGGAGGAUUGACUUAUUAGUUGCUUAAAUCCAAAACAGGAAUGAUAAAAAUGUGUUUGGCAUGUACACUUUUUUAUGUGAACUUAUCCAACAAAAACCCAUUUUUCAAACCAAUAUAUGAUCUUGAAAACACCAUAACUAAGAAAUUCAUACACUGUACACUGAAAACAAUGCAUAGGCUAAAAGUAACCAUUUGCCCAUUUCUCUAUAAGCAAACCAAAUGUGCUUUAUAAAAUGCAUGGCUCUAUAGAGAAACUCUCUGAAUGAUGCUUCAAGUUAUCCAAAAGAGCAUUUGCUGAAUUCAGUUCAGUCUAACUGCUGAGUAUCUGUCCUAAUACAUUAUAUAUUUGCUGCAGGGCUUGGCUUCCCCAGAGAGUAUCACUUCCAACACUGCUGAAACUUUUCAGAAGAACCUACUAAAAUAUCUUCUUAUAUUGCCAAGUCUUAAUCCUCAUAUAAUAAUUUACCUUUCCUAGAUCAUUUUAGUGGCUCACUUUAUCAAAUUUAUAUCAGCUUAUCUCAGCGAGGUUACACUGAGCAGCUUAUAAAAACAACAUAGAAAUAAAAAUAAUUAUAAAACAUAAAAAGAGAUUAAAAUCGCAAACUAAAAAGUGAAGUUAUCAUAAAGCCCUCAAAGGCAAUCACUCAUCUCUGAAUCAUUAACUCCAUCUUUCUACAGAUGGAGUAAAAUGGCAACAAGUAUCUCUAAAAUAACAUGUCUGAACAUUACCCUGUCCAGAUGUCAGAGUUUACAGAAAUCACCUCUAAACAUUCAGAAUAGUAAUGGACUCCAAUGCAUGAUAUGCCUUUCAAAAGGUUUGAAAAUCAAUGUUUUCAUAGCACUCUCCAAUAGUCUGAAAUAGUGGAUGCAGCAGUAUGAUCCAUUAGUAAAUAGUUCUUUUGUAAGAGUAUCAUUUGUUCUUGUCUUGUGUUUAGGUAUAAUAAGCAGCUGCCACUUUUAAAAGCUUUAAAAACCAACCUACAAAAUCAGCAAACCUGCUAUGGGAGAUCUUCAGAAAGUUCUUGACAGAGGAGAAUAUAUUCCCUUGAAAUCUGCUCCUGUGUUUGAAAGUAAAUUUGUUCAGGUAAAUAGGAAAGGUGGAUCAAUUUACCUUCAUAAUCGUCCCAACUAUGUGACUGUGGGCAUAUGUGCCUCUAGCACAAAAUUGUCAAUGCCAAAUGUAAUGCUGCUUGCCAAUUCGUCUCCCUAUUCCUCCAAAGAAGACCUUUCAGCCUAUCCACCAUCUACCCAGCCCUCACAUUCUAAAGAAGAACUGGUACUCACCAGGUUCUUGCCUUUGCAGUUUGUAGAUCUCUCCGUUCACUCCGCCAGUAAGAGACGGCUGAAGCUUAAGUUGGUGAAUGGUCGUGCCUACUACCUAGAACUCUGCGCUUCACCACAGAAACAGAGUGAGAUAUUCUCUCAGUGGGUGCGGCUCAUCAAUCUGCUGAAAUCUAAAUCUGAAGGGCCUUCAAUUAAUACUCUUUAUAAGGAUUUUGAAACCCAGGAGGACAAUAAAGCCACCAGGAAUAAAACAGGAAUACAAGAAAAAAACACAAUAGAACCUCUUAAAAAUCAAACAACCAGUCAAGAGUUAACAGAACUCAGUAAGAAAGCAUCUUCCAAGCGUGUCACCUAUUCAGAUGUUGUGGGUUCUAUUAAAGAAUUUCAGAACAAGAGCCAAACAAUAGUUUCUUCUGACAGCUACAUGAAACAGCCCCAUGCAGACUCAGUGAAACAAAACAAAUUUAAUCAAGAAUUAAGGGGGAAACCUACCAGAAAGAAAAGAUCUAGGGAACGGGCACCUUUUUCCAGAAGUGAAAAACGACUGCAGUCUUCAGGAAUCCUAAAAAAUGUCAGUCACUCUGAACUACUUUAUAACAAAUAAUAUUGAAAAAAUGUGCUGUCAUAUAAAUGAUAUGAAAAGAAACUAAGCUGAAGAUGCAAAAUGAAAGAAGAAAACAAGGUGAUCAGAUGGGAAAAUGGAGUGAAAGUCAGAAACUGUAUGAGUGUUCCCUUCCAGUAUAUAAAACUAUUAAAAUAUCAGUGUGCAUUUUGGUUUUUUAAAAAAUAUUUUACCCACAAGAAAAAUGAGUUUAUCUGACUACUGCUGUUAAUUCUUUAUUUCAUUCUGAUUAAAUUAUUUAUCUACAACAUACAAAAACUAAAAAAACAAAAAAUACAAGAGAAAAUAAACACAAAUUAUAUCAGACUUCCUUCACAAAAUGUAUGCCUAACUAUAUUUUAAUUAUUAAAUAAUUAAAUUAUUUUAAAUAAUUUAAUUAUUAAUUAAUUAAAGACAUUCAUUAUUCACUGUU